UGAGAAUGAGAUGCACACAACGAGCAGCAAACACUAAAGUCUAGCGCAGGUUUCAACGUAGCGCUUGUUCAUUGUUAACUCUUGACUGAGCUGCUGCGAGCAUCCAGGACCAAAGUUGUCUUUCGCACUUCUCAGAGCUUUCCCUGUUGGUAGAUCUCUGGCAACAGUAGAAUCUAUUCCAAUGUCCGUCCUUCGAAAGCCUGAGCUCCUGUCCGGCCAUUCAUCCUCUGUCCUGUGCUGCGAGGUGAAUGGUACGGGCCAGCUUUUGGUGUCUGGAAGCGAGGACGCAACCGCCCGUCUCUGGGACCUCCGUACAUCAGAAUGCUGCCAAACUUUUGAGGGUUUCGGAGACAAUGAUGUCACAUCGGUCACUUUCUCAAGGACUCAUGAGCACCAGCUUUUUGCGGCGGCGGGCACCACUGUCAGAGGCUUUGAUUUUCGAGGGGGAGGGGCGUGCGACGCUUUUGCCAGUUAUGAGUUCAACCGCGACGAAAUCAACCAGGUGGCCGUCAACCGGAAGGGCACGUUCCUGGCUGCGGCGGAUGACAGUGGGGAGGUGAAAAUAGUGGACCUGGCCACGGGGUCAGUGUUCAAGACACUCAGGGGGGUCCACACAAACAUAUGCAGCGGGGUGCAGUUCCAUCCAAAGAAGAGCUGGGAAGUGGUGACGGGGGGGCUGGAUGCCAAGCUGGUGACCUGGGAUUUCUCCAAAGGCCGGCCUCUACAGGUCUUCGACCUCAAUGAAAACGCCCGCGCAGGGUCCGAAACGUCAACUCAGCUCUUCAAUCCCCCCCUGGUUCACUCGGUCGCCACCCCCCCGGAAGAUUCGUUUUCGGAUGCUGGACACAUGGCAGCUGUGUCCCAGGGGGACGGGGCCGUCGCAGUCUACGACCUCGAUUAUCGAGACAGGCAACAGUCAGGUAAAAGCGCAAGUUCGAGAGGGGCAGCGAGCGCAAAGGGCGGGGGGCGCUCACACGGAAAGAGUCAAAAGAACUCGAGGAUGGGUGAUAGGAACUCGGACGAAAGCGGAAGGAAACGGGAGGAUGCUGGGAAUGGUGGGGACGAGGAGACGAGCGUGCCUGGGCGGCGGUGCUGCUUUGGAGCAGUGCACGGGGGGCAUAAGUCAGUGGCAGCGUAUGCCGGAUUUGCCCGAUUCGGGGACCCGGGUGAGUUUCUGAUUUCAGGCGGAAAUGAUGGGUGUGUAAAUCUAUGGCGGUGGCAGGAAACUGCUGAGAAUCGGGGAGAGGCCGAGGGGGAGAGCGAGGGAGAAGGACCGAGUCAGUCGCGAUCUUGUGCUUCCGGAGACGGGUCUGAGGACGGAAGACAGGUGUAUUCAGGCGCUCGAAAGGAGACUGCAAAACCGCUCCUGCUUAGCUUGAGGCAUGCGAAGAAGGUGAACUGGUUGACCACAAGCCCACAGGGGAAUGGCAAAGUGAUCGUGGCUGACACUUCAAGACACUUGCGAAUGUACAACUUUCAGUAGAAACAUUUAGAGAUGCCUAGACCGUAAUGCAUUCAUCGUUAUGCUAUCUUUAGUGCAACCAUUAUAGUGCGGUGGGUCGCAUGAAUGAGGCUGGGCUCACUGUCAGGCCCUGAGAGCUAGAUUCGCAGGCUAGCUACGAUGCCUGCAGCUGCACCUAGCUGGCCCUUAUAUCGAAUCACUACAGAAGGC